AUGGUGGGCAAUGCGGACGUUAAGCAGCCUCAACUACACGCCAAAAGAUCAACUUUGGAGGACAGCCCUUUUUUCUUGUUUAUCGAUACCCUCGACGGCCUAGUCGAGCUGCUAGAAGGUCUAGCUGAACUUCCUGCUUGGCCCCCCUCUCUUUUCAUCGACCUUGAGGGUGUGAACCUUUCUCGACACGGCACCACCUCUGUACUUCAAAUUUUUGUUUCCUCGACACAAAAAACAUUUCUCGUCGAUAUCCUCUCCCUCAAGGACAAGGCUUUCUCUCAUUCCACUUCGGAUGGCUCAACCUUACGUUCCAUUCUUGAAUCGCCAUCUAUUUCAAAAGUUUUCUUUGAUGUGCGUAAUGACUCAGACGCCCUGUUCAGCCAAUAUGGGAUAGAAUUGGCUGGAGUACAAGACCUUCAGUUGAUGGAGCUUGCAACGCGCAAGUGCAUUGAACACGAUGCUCCGAUGACCAUAAGUGGGAGAGCAAGAUGGAAAGCGUGUAAAGACGGGGGACGGAAACUUUUUGCUCCAGAAUGUGGCGGUUCUUAUGAGGUGUUCAUCAUCCGCCCACUAUCAGCCGAAAUCAUGCAGUACUGUGCGCAGGAUGUCCGACUUUUGCCCAAAUUAUGGCAUAAAUACUACCAACGGAUGACUCCAAGUUGGAGACGGAAGGUGGAGGAAGAGGUAAAGAACCGUAUCGAACUUUCUAAGUCCGCAACCUAUAAUGGCAAGGGAAGACAUAUGGCGCUAGCACCCAAAGGGUGGUCGUGA